AUGGAUGCCAGUGUAUCGUCAUCAAUGGUGUCGUCCCGUGGUGGAGACGUACCGUCGACGGUGCAAGUUGCACUCAGAAUACGACCCCAAGGAAACCGUGAAAAACUCGAAGGUAGUCGUGUGUGCACAUCUGUUAUCCCCGGUGAACCUCAGGUUACUAUUGGCACUGACCGUUCAUUCACUUAUGACCAUGUAUUCGACCAAGCUACUCAACAAGCUGAAAUCUAUGAUUCAUGUAUAGACAAACUAGUUAACGGUCUUUUUGAUGGGUUCAAUGCUACAGUUCUCGCUUAUGGCCAGGUCGGCGUUAUUCCACGGGCCUUAGCUCAUGUCUUCCGUAGGGUUUCGGAUUUGAAACAAGAAGCUCGAGAAAGCGGCAUUCUUGAGCCGACCCUUGGGUUGAUGUUUGCCGUGCAAUUUAUAGACCUCUACAACGAAGAGAUCAUUGAUCUGUUGUCGAAUGAUCGUUCUUCCUCGCUAAACAUACGUAUACAUGAGGAUACUCGUGGUGAGAUAUAUCUUCAUGGUGUAGCGACCAAACAAGUACAGGAUCUUCAUUCGACCCUUGAAAUUUUGAAAAACGGGGCGCUGAAUCGUACAGUCGCUGCAACGAACAUGAAUGAACAAUCUUCACGAUCACACGCUAUUUUCUCGUUGCACAUUAAGCAACAACGGGUAGCCAUAUCCCCAGAAGCUGAACCGGUUAUGAACCAGGAGACUGAAAUGGAAAUGCUAUCGGCAAAGUUCCAUUUUGUGGAUUUGGCUGGAUCUGAGAGAUUGAAACGUACUGGUGCUACUGGUGAUCGAGCCAAAGAAGGAAUUAGCAUCAAUUGUGGAUUGCUUGCUCUUGGUAAUGUAAUCAGUGCGCUUGGUGGUGCUAAUGGUAAAGUCAGUCAUGUACCAUAUCGUGAUUCAAAGCUGACGAGGCUUCUUCAGGACUCGUUAGGAGGGAAUAGCCGUACUCUAAUGGUUGCAUGUGUUUCUCCCAGUGAUAGCGAUUUUGUGGAGACGUUGAACACGUUGAAAUAUGCUAAUCGUGCGAAGAACAUAAAGAAUAAGGUGGUGGCCAAUCAAGACAAGUCAUCAAAACUUAUUGGCGAGUUACGAGGUCGUAUAGCGGCACUUGAAGCUGAACUACUCGAGUUCAAACAGGGCCGACGAACAGUUGGUAUCGAUGGCGUUGAAACGGUUAAUGAUCAGUAUCACGAGAAUGUAAUGCUUACGCUCUGCAAGAAACGAACGAGAUUCUCCGCCCUCAUGGCCAAAGAUCUCGGUCCAAACGGUUGCUCUGUGCUCACACCAGCUGAUGAGCACGGAGGUUCGUCUGAUGAAGCAAACAGUUCUGCUUCGAAUGAUGCUGUAAUGGAUCCGGUGCAAGCCACUGUCCGAAAAUAUCUGGAGGAAUUGGAACGAAUGCGAUCGCAGCUCUACGAGUCCCAAGCGGUGGCAAAUCAACUGAGGAAGGAGAUGAAUAAGUGGAAGAAUCAGGUUCGUGUGAACAUUACGUUCACAUUCAGUUGCUAUUGA